AUGCAGAUGAUUUCAAAUAUCAGUCCCUGGUAUUUCUGUCUUCUUCCCGCCGCGGUUCUCGUUCUACUAGUGGUUCCCUACUUCAUUGAUCCCUAUUGGAUCCGAAGAAAUGAGGUGAGGGGACCCUUUUUAGCCAGUCUCACUAGCCUCUGGUUCGGAUGGAAUGCAACUCGUGGGCAUCUUUCUCAAGUGGUCCACGACUUGCACAAGAAAUUCGGUACAUUCGUAAGGCUAUCGCCCAACCAUGUCUCAAUCAGCGACCCAGAUGCGCUCCAGACAAUCUAUGGCCACGGUAAAGGCUUGAUGAAAUCGGACUAUUAUGACGCCUUCAAGGGCCUUCGACCGAGCAUCUUCAGUACUCGUGACAGAGCGUUUCACGCAUGGAAACGCAAGGCCAUCUCUCAUAUUUUCUCACCGAAAAGUGUCAUAGACUUCGAGCCAUACAUCCAUCUCCAUCUUACCGAACUUUUCGAGCAAUGGGACAAGCUAUAUGACGGCGGCAAGAGAGGACUUUCGGGCGUAGAAGGCGAAGGCUGGAAUGGACGUCAGGGGCGCGUAUGGUUCAAUAUUAUGCCCUGGUUUAAUUAUCUGACGUUUGAUAUCAUUGGUGACUUGGCAUUCGGCGCACCAUUUGGCAUGAUUCGCAAAGGAAAGGAUGCUGCACCAGUCGCAGUAGACCUGAAAGCUGCAAUAGCACAAUAUGGUCAGGCGGGGAUAGACGGACAAGAUUUAGAAAAACCAGCUAUCCAGGUCAAAGAAGUACCCGCCGUGCAGAUAUUAAACGAUCGAACCUUUUUGGCCUCUCAUCAGGCUGCUUUUCCGAAGCCCCUGCGUCCCCUCUUAGCGCUUCUGCCGCAAUACGCGGAAAUGGCCAAGCAUUCGGAUGAAUUCAUUGGAUUCGCCGUUGCAGCGGUGGCGAAGCGUUUGGUAUUCCCGACUGAGCGAGUAGAUAUUUUGAGUAAGCUUCAGCAGAGCAAGGACGAGAACGGAAACCCUCAAAGUAGGGAGGACCUUACCACGGAUGGAAUAACCCAACUCGUCGCAGGAUCAGACACUGUUGCAAACACUUCAUGUGGAAUAACGUAUCAUAUCGCUUCAAACCCAUGCGUCCAAGCGAAGCUCCAAGCGGAACUCGACGAUGCACUUGGUAAAGACAUGGAGGAUCCCGUUGUUACAUACGCUCAGAUUAAGAACUUGCCUUAUCUCGAAGCGGUGCUUAACGAAGGCCAGCGUGUGUAUUCAACAGCGGCUCUUGGACUGCAACGCAUAGUUCCGGAAGGCGGUCUCACUAUAAGCGGGAAAUGGUUCCCGGAAGGUACUAUUGUCAGCGUGCCAACGUAUACUAUUCAUCGCGACCCUAAGGUUUGGGGUGAAGAUGUGGACGUAUUCCGACCGGAGAGGUGGCUUGAAGGCGAUCAUUCUGCCAUGUCGAAGACACUCAAUACAUUUUCAAUCGGACCAAGGGCGUGCGUUGGACGCAAUCUAGCCCUGCUAGAACUGCAUAUCUUCAUUGCGUCCAUCUUCUAUCGGUAUGAACUUGUGCUCGAAGAGCCCGAUAAGCCGCUCGAGACACAUGAGGGCUUCAUACGAAAGCCGCUUACAUGUCGUGUGGGCAUGAAGCGUCGCGAUGUCUGA